UAAUCAAGUAGCUUUUGUUUACACUUCAAGUUGCGUUAAUGCUACAUUUGGACAAUAUUUGGACAACAAAACUUGUAUAACACUGAAAUGCUUAAUCGCUGAUUUGGUUUACUCGUUUUUUCUGAAUGAGCUUACUUCUUGAACAGUUUCUUUUAUAUUCUUUGUGUCCAUAAUUCCUUUACUCCUAUUCAGCCCAGUUUUGGUUAUUUUGUGAGUGGAUAUCAUUUCAAACAAAGCCUUAUGAUCAAAGCGAAAUCCCGAUAACUGAUUUUAUCCUGUUGAAGUUUCAGUCUUUUUACUUGUUUUACCAUCCAAUUUUUUAAUCAUUCACUCAGGCAACUUUGGAAAGGAACUAAUACUCGUUUAAUACGAAGCCAACCAUAAUUCUCUUACAACAACCAUGAAGAUGUUAUUUGCUGUGGUCACUUUACUUACUUUUUUCUCAUUGAAGGUUGAUGGUCAACAAGCGGACAAGGUAUCCUUAGGAGUCUAUUAUGAAACAUUGUGUCCAGAUUCAAUCGCUUUCAUAACCUAUCAAUUAUACCCAACCAUCCAAUCUCUCGGACUCGAGAAAAUUAACGUUGAUCUUGUUCCUUUCGGCAAAGCAUCCUGGACUGAAAGUGGAUCUACAAUCUCAUUCAGCUGUCAACAUGGCGAAAGGGAAUGUAAAGGAAACAAAAUCCAAGCCUGUGCCAAAUCUGAACUUGAUACUUCUGCUUUAAUCAAAUUCGUUAACUGCAUGGAGAGUGCAAGUUCACCUGAUCGAGCUGGCAAAUCUUGUGCCCAAAAACAAGGCUUAAACUACACCACCAUUGAAAACUGUGCCAAUGGAGCGAAAGGAUCGCAACUACUCAAGGAGCAAGGAGUUGCUACCAAAUCUUUGGUCCCAAAACCCAAUUUCAUCCCAUGGAUCACUGUUAACAAUCAACACACCAGUGAUAUACAAAACCGAGCUCUCGACGAUCUUAAAGGCCUUUUAUGUGAUUCUUUCCCUCAAGGAGCAACUAAACCAAGUGGAUGCAAAUAGAAGUACAAACUAAAUUCUGGAAUCCUACCGCUGAUUAUACUAAAUACAAAUAAAUACUUAUAAGAAAUAAUUUGUUCUACCAGAUUGCUUAUGUUAAAUCUGCUCUUUUUUAUAGCCUAAUGCUUGAAAUCGACGAAUUGUCAUAAUAAAAUGCAAUUGUGAUCAUGAAAAAAA